AUGAAUAAGAUCCAAGGGCUUCAUAUAAAAUGUCCAAUAGAAUAACAUGAGUUUUUAGAAUUAGCUUGUGUGAAUAAACUAUGUAAAGCUAAUAGAGUUUAUUGUCAUUAAUGUCUUAAAAAUGGAGAUCAUGUUGCUCAUCAAAAGGAUUAAAAGAAUUUAAUUGAAUUAAUUGAAUUUUUUCAUAAAAUUGAACAAGAAAGUGAAAAUUUAAUAUCAAAAUUGUGUUCGAUGGUUGAAGAAAUAAGGGAACUCUUUAUAGAAUUAAAUUAAGAAUUGAGAAAAACAUUUCAAUUUUCUAAAGAAAGAUUGUAACAAUUAAAUGCAAAGCAAUUGAAUUAAGCUUUAGAUUAAAUAAUUUAGUUUGAUGAAAUUAAAAUAGAUUUAUUACAAGAACUAGAGACAUGUUCUGAUAAUAUGGUCAAUUAAUUAAAAAUACUAAUUAAAGAUUUGAAACUAAAGCAAUAACAUAAUAAUUAAUAAAAUAAAUAAGAACAAGAACAAGAAAAAUAAAAAGUAGAAGAAUUAUAUAAAUAAGGUAUUGAUAUGAUUUAUUUAGGUUAUAAAUUAUAUUGGGAUAGUAAAUAUAAGGAAGCAAUAAAACUCUUCGAUGCUGCAUUAUUCAUUAAUACAAAACAUUUAGAUUCAUUAUCUACUAAAGGUAUAAAAAUUAUAGAUAAAUGUAUUAGCCAGAAGUUUAUUUUAUUUAGAUAAUUAUAAUGAUGCAAUUAUAUGGGCUGAUAAAGCUUUGUCUAUUGAUUCAAAACAUUUUAAGUCAUUAUUUAUAAAAGGUAUACAAAUUAUAGAUAAAUGUAUUAGCCUCGUGUUUAUAUUAUUUAAGUAAUUAUAAUGAUGCAAUUAUAUGGGCUGAUAAUGCUUUGUCUAUUGAUUCAAAGCAUAUCGAUUCAUUAUAAAAAAAAUGUAAUUAUUCAUUUCUAAUAUAGGUGAAUCAUUACACGAAAUGGGUAAAUAUGAGUAAGCUCUUUAGAUUAUUGACCAAGCAUUGAAUUGUAAACCAAAUAGUUGUUACUCUUUAUACUUAAGAGAUUUUUUAUAUUUAUAUUUAUAUAGGUAAAUGCUUACAAUCAUUAUAAAGAUAUUCAGAAGCAAUUAAUUAUUAUGAAAAGUCUAUUUAAAUCAAUCCAAAUUUUUCAUUAUCCAAAAAUGACAAAGGUAUUUUUAUUAAUUUAUAUCUCUAGCUAAAUGUGAAAAAUUAAUUAAUAAAUAAUAAUGA